AGAACGUUUUGAAGGCAGGUGAAGUCAAGAAGUCAAAUAGAUAAGAUGGCGAGGUUGAUCAACUUGGUGAUAUCUUUUGCUUUACUUCUUGUUGUAGCCGGGCAGAGAAAGAGUGUUGUUCCAACAGAAUGCUCGGAAUGCCAUCGAGAUUUAUGCAAGAAACCUCAAAAUUGUCACGCCGGCGUUACCAAGGAUCGCUGUAGCUGUUGUUACAUCUGCGCCCAAGAAGAAGGACAGGCAUGUGAUCUGAACACGGGAUACAAGUACGGGUCAUGCGGUGACAUGCUCAAGUGCUUGGCCCGUGAUGACGUAGACGCCAGUCUCCACCUGGCGACUUGUCAAUGCCGGGAGCCUGGCAUAGUAUGCGGCACCAAUGACGUCACAUAUAACAGCUACUGUCAACUGUUAGCUGACGGAAAGAAGAAGACAAUAGACAUUGGUAGGAAAUUCAAGCACCCUUGCAAAACCGUUCCCUCCAUCCGAAGCCCACCUACCAAUGUGAAGAACGAAACUGGGGCAGAUGUGUUCCUGUCCUGCGAGGCGACAGGUUACCCCAUCCCCAGCAUGAGCUGGACCUGGGUCAAUGCCGAACAAGAAACGGUCGAUUUACCAACUGACGACCUGCACGUCUCUGUGAACAGCCGCGGCGGGCCCGACAAGUACAUGGUGACAGGCUGGAUGCAGAUCAUGGACCUGAAGGAACACCACCAGGGGGAUUACGUCUGUAAAGUGCAGAACGAGAUGGGAUUCGCCACGGCUGUGGCGCGGGUCAAUGUCAUCGACACUAGAAGUCGCCUGUAAAAUGAUGCCGUGUCCACCCUCCAAAUAACUCUACCACUGACUGGAUCAAAGGAGGAUCGGCCAGGAGCAGGACCCCAUCUGCGUAUACAACUCCAUCUCACGGAACGGGAUGAAGUCACAACCAAUACGAUCUUUACCCUUGUAUCAUGACGCGAGCCAAGGAAGUUUUGGGGUUUUGGUCCCAGGAACACUGAAGUAACAAAACUAUGAAGUCCUACUUCUGAUCCACUAUUAUAAAAACAACAACCGCGAACAACCAAAAGAAGACGGAACUCUUAUGUUGACUUCAGGCUGUCUUCCUGCAAUCGAACAUGUCAGAAGAACCAAUGGCAAUCUUCACAAAUAGUUCGUCGCAAUCACCAGAUAAUACGACGUAUUUACGUUCAACCCUGAUAGAAUAAUCAACCAGUACAGUCCAUGUUUAGUGGAUUC